AUGGCUAUAACACCCUCUAUUCAUCACCACCUAUCUGAAAACAAAGAAACACUAGGCCAAGAAACCAUGGUUGUGUCCAAUGGUAAUGGUGGUGCCGAUUUUGACCCUAGUGCUCCUCCACCUUUUAAGAUUGCAGAAAUUAGAGCUGCAAUUCCAAAGCAUUGUUGGGUCAAGAGUACUUGGAGAUCUCUGAGUUAUGUUGUUAGGGAUGUGUUGGUUGUUGCUGCAUUGAUUGUUGCUGCAAUUCGGUUUGAUAGCUGGUUUUUUUGGCCUAUUUAUUGGCCUCUUCAAGGGACAAUGUUUUGGGCGAUUUUUGUUCUUGGACAUGACUGUGGCCAUGGAAGCUUCUCAGAUAGUUCUUUUGUGAAUAGCUUGGUGGGCCAUGUUUUGCACUCAUCAAUUCUUGUUCCAUACCAUGGAUGGAGAAUUAGUCAUAGGACACAUCAUCAAAACCAUGGAAAUGUUGAGAAAGAUGAAUCAUGGGUGCCGAUGACAGAAAAGGUUUACAAGAGUCUUGACAGCAUGACAAAGUUUGUGAGAUUCACUGUUCCUUUACCCAUGUUUGCAUAUCCAAUUUAUUUGUGGAGAAGAAGCCCGGGAAAAUCAGGGUCUCACUUUCAUCCAGAUAGCAACUUGUUCUCACCCAAUGAGAGAAAAGAAGUGACACUUUCAACAGUGUGUUGGUUUCUUAUGUUUUCUUUUCUUCUCUAUUUGUCCUUCACUACUAGUCCACUUCUAAUUCUCAAGCUCUAUGGUGUUCCCUAUUGGAUAUUUGUCAUGUGGUUGGAUUUUGUCACAUACUUGCAUCACCAUGGUUAUACACAGAAAUUACCAUGGUACCGUGGCCAGGAAUGGAGUUAUCUAAGAGGUGGCCUUACAACCGUUGAUCGUGACUAUGGUUGGAUUAAUAACAUUCAUCAUGAUAUUGGCACACAUGUUGUUCAUCAUCUUUUUCCUCAAAUUCCUCAUUAUCACUUGGUUGAAGCGACAAAAGCAGCAAAACCAGUAUUUGGAAAAUAUUACCGUGAGCCAGAAAAAUCAUCACCAAUUCCAUUUCAUCUAAUAAAAUACUUAGUACAAAGCAUGAAACACGAUCACUUUGUAAGUGACACUGGUGAUAUUCUGUUUUAUCAAACUGAUCCUGAGCUGAACCAGAAUCACCAUGACUAA